UGCAAGUGGGAAGCGUCCAAAAACGAUGCGUUUAGCUCAAGGGAAUCAUGAUCAGCCUUCCUCGGAGCAACCGUAAAAAGAAGAGUGUUUUUGUUGGUCAACCUCUCUCGCGGUUUUAAAACCUAAACCGGGGACCAGUUUACAGUGACCCAAGUUCGAUGAUAUUCAUAGCCAGGAUCUUCUGAAACAACACUCCUGUUAAAACGCUGUCGUAUUUCAGUAUAGAGAAGUUGGUUCAUCUCUGAGAAUAUGGAAACCCGUCACGUUACUUUUUUGGCGGUUUUUCUGAUACUACUUGUUAAUGGUUGUUCUGCUGUUGAUGGCAAGAAAAAUUCGGGUACAAAUUCUGGAUUAGAUAAAUCUGAAGGCAAGGGUAGUUCAAAUGAGGAAACGGGCGGGUCACACUCGGUUACAAAGUCUGUUGAAGUUGAUAAAGUUAAAGAAGAUAAAGGAAAUCAAGUGGGAAAAUUAAAAGAGAGUAUAAAUAGCAAGAAAAUUGAUAAUUCGACUAAGGACAGGGAUUCGGGAAAAAGUGAAAAUAUGCAGAAGAGUAAUGAAAAUAAUUCAACCAAGGAAGUGGAUUCGAAAGAAACCGAAAAUAUGAAGAACAGUAAUGGUAAUACUAAUGAGGAAUCAAGAGCUAAGGAGGGGGAUAAUGGAAAAGGGAUCUUGAGUGAUGAAACGAUAUCUAAAGAUUUACCUAAAGAGGUUGGCAACGUAGAUGAUUCGAAAACAUUAACAAAGGAGGGAGCUGAGCAUGAAAAAUGUGAUUCAUCUAAUAAAUGCAUGGAUGAUGGAAAUAAUUUUGUUGCUUGUUUGAGAGUUCCGGGAAACGAUUCUCCAGCUCUAUCACUUUUAAUCCAGAAUAAAGUGAAAAGCCCUCUGAGUGUCACAAUUUCUGCUCCUGAAUAUAUUCAGCUAAAGGAAACAGAAGUUCAACUCGUAGGAGAAGGACACAGAGAGCUCAUGUUCACUGUCAAAAAGAGAGGAACUGACAACGUAAUCAUGUUUAUAGCAAAAAAUGGUAACUGCAGCCUAGAUUUUGGUGAUUUAAUAGCACACAAUUGGGAAGAGGAAUCUGAUAAUACUCCCAAGUCUACAUAUUUCAGUUUCAUGUCGCGAAAGUCUACCCUCAUAUUUAUAUCCUUAGCUGCCCUACUCGUACUAGCAGCAGGAUGCAUGUGUGCCAGCAUUCGGUGGAAGCAUUUUUAUAAUAGCAGCCCAAAAUAUCAAAGACUAGAUAUGGAGCUGACAGUUUCUGGUGCACGGAAAUUAGACUCAGACGCUAAUGAUGGAUGGGAUAACAGUUGGGGUGAUGAUUGGGAUGAUGAGGAGGCACCCAAGACUCCCCCGGUGCCAGUUACUCCAAGUGUUUCUUCUAAAGGCCUUGCUUCUCGGCGGUUAAACAAGGAGGGCUGGAAGGAUUAGUUAUCUUUAGUUUUACGAACUCUCUAAAAGAUGGAGAAAAUAGGAUGAGAUGGUUCUCAAAUGUAAUUUAAAAUCCUUUAGAUUUUGGUUUUUUUCGAGGGAAGGGGAUGUUAUAUGUAGACUCUUAAUUUCUUUUCCUAUAGGAAAUUAAAGGAUGAUUUCAAUAUAGCCUAUUCUUUUCUGCUUAAUGAUGAUGCCAUUUGAUUCUGUA